AUGGGAUCCAGUAACUCACCAAAUAAGAAUGGUGAAGCACUAAUAUAUAUAUUGGGAUGGUACAUUUUUUCGUUGUCGAUAUCGAUAUAUAAUAAAUGGAUGUUUGGAAAAGGAUUGGAUUUUAAAUUUCCAAUUCUUAUUACUUCAUUUCAUCAAUUCUGUUUAAUGAUUUUAAGUUGUGGGGUGUUAUAUUUCAAUCCCAGAUUACGUCCUACCAUCAAUACAAUAAAUGAAGAUGAGGGUCAUGAUGAAGACAUCAAUGAACUAACCCCGCAAGAGAAGUCGAAUGAAAGCUUUAUAACGUUUUUAUCAAUAUUCAAGAUGAAAUUAACAACUUAUUUCAAGCAAAUAUUCCCGUGUUCAUUGGCAAGUAGUGGGGAUAUUGGAUUAUCAAACGUUUCUUUCAAAUUUGUUUCAUUAUCAUUGUAUACCAUGUUGAAAACCUCAUCGCUCAUCUUUGUAUUACUUUUCGGGCUUUUAUUCAAGUUGGAAAAAUUCCACUGGAGACUAGUGGUUAUUGUUUUAGUAAUGACUGGAUCGGUGGCAAUGAUGGUUAAAAAGCCGGAUGUGAUUGAUUCAAUACCCAAUAAUGGUGACGAGUAUAGUAAAAUGGGGAUAAUCUUAGUAUUGGGGGCUUCAAUGAUGUCAGGAUUGAGAUGGUCUUUCACCCAAUUGUUAUUAAAACGUAACAACUAUACCAACAACUCGAUACUGACAAUUUUCUAUAUAAGUCCUUCAAUGUGCGCUACAUUGUUUUUAGUUGGAUUGAUUUUCGAAGGUUGGCUGAAUUUUACUUCCUCUCCAAUAUGGGAAAUCAAAGGUUUAUUUGGUACAAUCGGCUUAAUGAUAAUACCAGGAGUGUUGGCGUUUAUGAUGACUUUAUGUGAAUUUAAAUUAUUGACAGUAGCCCAAAUUAUUACCCUUUCAAUAGCAGGAAUAUUCAAAGAAUUAUUAACCAUCAUAUUAAGUUCGAUUAUAUUUGGUGAUAAAUUAAGCUUUAUCAACUGCAUUGGAUUGAUUUUCACUUUCAUCGAUAUCAUGUGGUAUAAUUAUUAUAGAUAUAAAGAGAAUCAAAUGAAGACCUAUCAAAAAAUUCCAACUGAAGUAGCUGAAAAUUCAAGUUCAAGUAUCGAUACAAUAAUUGAGAGUGAAAUUGGUAAUAAUCGUGGCAAUUUAACCAACGUCGAACUAAGAAAAUUGUAG